AUGACUGACUGCCAAGAGAUUGUGAACGUGCACUGCCGGGUCCUGAGCCUCACCGCGCAUCUGAAGAAGAAAUGCCAGUGCAGGCCAGAAGAUUGCAUUGAUCUUCUAGAUGAAUCAGGGACCCUGAUGAACCUGAGCGAAGUGGAAAGUCCUGCAUCUGAGCUGGCCAGUAAAUAUCUACAGGAGAGACAGUGCUACAUCCUCAUCAGAGUCAUUCGAGGAGAAGGCUCAGAAUCAACUUACUACGAAUCUCUACUGGAGAACCUGGGAAAACACCACCCUGAGCUGGCAGAGCGGCUGCAGAAGUUAUCAGCACACCCUCAGCUGAAGGACAACACAAGGAGGAGUUCCAUGCAGAGAAAGUGUCGCCCACUUAAGGAACCACUCCUGGGCUCCCCAGCCAAAGUCAGAAGCACACAGCAGAGUAAGAAAGGCUCUGCUCUCUCCAGCAGGCCCACCUAGGUAGGGUAUCAUCCCUUGCGGGAAACAAGGCCUCCAGCAGUUUGGAAGCAUCUUCCAGAGACCCCACACAGGGUCAAAGACAGCCAGCCAGGUGUAGUCAAACUGUAGGGCAGGAUGCAAAAGGUCACUGCUUUAUAAGCAGCACACUGCAUCCUCCUCACAGCCAGACUGAGCCAUAAUCAGAGACCCCCCUGGAACCUUUUUAAAUGGAAGGCUAGUUAGGCUCAUGCCACCCUCUGAAAGAGUUUAGACCUAUCAGGGGUAACAGACUAUUGUAGUAUAGACUUACUUUUGGUACUAGUGCCUGCCACACAGAGCAGGUCUCUUCUGCAAGAAGAUGCCCCAUCUAUAGUUAGUCAGUCACAACCCAACCCAAGUUAGUUAGUUCCCAAUGAAGUGUACAAUGGGAACACCUUCUAACAACCCCUACUAGAACUAGGGGAACUUUGUGAUGCAUCAGUGUUCUCACGCCUACUUGCUGCAAGCCCUUUCUCCUGCACUGUAAAUUCAUCUCCCCUCCUCACGCUAAGGGCAACUGGGACAUUUAAAAAACUAUUGACAUUAGUGAGAGAUAAAUGUGUAUUACUUUAUUCCUGUUCCCACCACCCUAGGUAUGGGAGAGCAAAGUGGAGUGUAUUCUGUCUGCUUCAUCAAAAGCAUUAUUUACAUUCCAAUGAGAGGCUCUUUAUGCCUGAUCAUGCAUAAUCCAAGAAAAAAAAAAAAAAAAAACAACAUUCAGCUUGACUUUCAAUUGUAGGUUGAGUUUGUAGGGCUGGCUAUCAAAGAGAAAAUAUAGUCUUGGAGACUGAGCAAGUCUGAUAUGGAAUCUUUGCAAGGCAGCCAGCCAGGAAUCUCCGUGUCUUUCACAGUAACUGCUCUGGAAGUGGCCUUUCUGAAAGCUCAGUUCCAAUGUCUCCUGCCUCAAUCCGAACAGGUUCUCGUUGUACAGUUGGUUUUUUUGACUGAUAAGGGAAAAUGGCUCCUGGAGGAAUAUUUUAUGAACCAGACUAGAAUGUAAUUCAUAAAAUACUGAAUACAUAGAAUAAAAACAGUAGUUUAAA